ACCAAAUCGAAACCUCGAAUAACAUUAUUGACACAAAGACUUAACAUAAAUGUCUGAUAAAAAAUGACAUCCUAUUCAUGCCACAUAUCGUGGCACAAAAGUCCAUAUUAUUGUAAAUUUCACAAUACAUUUCUAAUAUCAUAAUUUCUCUCACAGAGUAAUAUGGACGUGGAUAUGGCAUCAUCGUCAACGCCAACCAUGCGUUCGGCAAUUUCCGCCCCUCGCGCUGAAGCUGCCCCAAUAGCAGCACCCCGGACCAACACUGCACCGGCAGCGCCUCGAACAACAACAGGCUCCACCGCGACAACGGCUUCGCGUCAAAGCACGCCAGCAUUACCAGUGGAUUUGCAACUAAUUCGUUGUCCAUUAUGCCGCCGCCCUCAUCGGCUAUCGCACUGCGGUAUAUUCAAAGGCAUGCCGCCGAUGCAACGCCAGCAGGUGGCACAGGCGCACGGGUAUUGCCUGAAUUGUCUGGCAACUUCCCACGCAACUCAGGAGUGCCCAUCACCUAAUCGUUGCCAAAUCUGUGUGCGGGCUCAUCAUACGAUGCUGCACCGCACUACCAGACGCGACUCCGGGCGCCCACCGGCUUCUCGCACCAGUGGUGGCGUCAGGCGUUCCCAAAGGACUCCUGUGACGGCAUACCGCCGCCGCGGACCCUCUGCAGCGGAGUCCCGUCCUUGGCGCCAUAACCGGGCAACAUCAACACGACGCCAUCGGCUUGGGCCGCGGUCCCGCCGGUCAACAGGUCUCAGCCGCGUUGUAGCGGCGCUGCAGCGGCUGCAGCGGCUUCUAGGCUAAAUACUCGCCUAGGGGGGCCGGGAUGGCUAAAUGAGUAGCGACGUCGCAUCACAUCUGCAUCAAUUCAUCACACCGAAUCGACUAAUCACCUCAUCACGCGAGCGAACACCACACAGUAACACACAUACACGCACAUG